AUACACCGGCGCGGAGGGGGAAUAUAUGAAGAAAAACGCGUGCAUCACUCGCAGCUGUAUAAACAACAUGGCACGGACUGGGCAAUACAUCACAUGCUAAGUUCUCUUGCCUCCCUUCCAUCGUGACUAUAGAGGUUAAUCAAGCCUGCAUCGUUCCUAUUUCCGAUUGGUUUUUCCACCGUGCCCCUUACCCAUGACUCGAGUCGUCCGUUCUGGUGUGGUUUCCAUGCACGCCGUUGUAUAGUGAGUUAUUAUUAUUAUUACACCGUGGUUUUUUUUCUUCUUCUGGUUUGUGUCUCUUCUGGAUCGACUGAGUGAAACCGCUGUUGUGUGUGUGGUAAGCACCGCGCACUGACGCGGCGAUCAGUGGGUGAUUCUUCUGACUAAACCCAGCCCCCGUGCACAUUGUGUCGGCAAUUCAACCGCUCUCUCGCUAGCUGCGGGCUCGCACCGUAUAGAAAAAUAAAAAGAGUUUGUGAUGCUUUCGAGCGAGCUAGCCGCCACAUUGGAUAGCGGCCUAGGAGACGUUGGUCACUCCGAAUCCAGCCCUUCCACGGCAUUCUCCUCCUCGGCGAUCACCUGUGAUUUCUUCAGCCCCGUCGAACUUGCCAAGACUUCGCGGAGUCACACGGGCAGCGCAGCGGCGGCAGCAGCAGCAGCAGGCAUCGGGUUCGGAGCCUCCCUCGCCAGCAUGUUGGAGCCCGAUUUCCGGAGCGUGGCCGACUACGGCAUGGGGCCCCUGAACAUGAAUGGUUACCACCAGCAGUCGGCGGCCACCAGCUCCAACAACUUCACCACGCUGACCCCCUUGCAGCCCCUUCCUCCGAUCUCCACGGUCUCCGAUAAGUUCCGGCACGAGGCGUCCAAUGUCAGCGGCAGCUUCACGUUGAUGAACGGCUCCAAUCUCCACGGCAUGUCGUCCAACCCCUACGACAAGCUCGGCGGUAUGAACAUGGGACAUUCCUCCAUGGUCGCGCACAGCGGCAUGGGCCACAAUUCGGUGUUGAACGGUUACGCGCCCCAUCAAUCCAUGGGGGGCUACGGGUCCCCCCACCACGGUACCAUGUCCUGCACCCCUCAAGACCCCAGAUAUGCAUCCCCGAUGAACGGCUACGAGCAGUUCACGCAUCAUGCCAGCUCCCCACACCACAUGCGAGCACUGCAACCCCCUUCGCAUCACCACCAAAGAUCCGGACUCACCAGCCCCAUGGUCUUGAACGGUUACGCCGGGAUGACCGGCCACACGCACCCGAGUCCCAACUCCGUGGGACGGUCGGGCGAUCGGGGGUCGUCCCGGGUCGAUUCAGGGAACACUGGGGAAGAAGUCAACACCAAAGAGGUAGCAGGCAGGGUGACGAGCGAGCUCAAGAGGUACAGCAUCCCCCAAGCUGUCUUUGCCCAGAGGGUGCUGUGCCGGAGCCAGGGAACAUUGAGCGAUCUCCUGCGAAAUCCCAAGCCGUGGAGUAAGCUCAAAUCCGGGCGGGAGACUUUCAGAAGGAUGUGGAAAUGGCUCCAGGAACCUGAGUUUCAGAGGAUGUCGGCACUCAGAUUAGCAGGUAAGAAUUUUACUAUUUUUUUCUUCAAAUCUCCACCCCGAUUGUAGCAUUUAUUUUAAAAAUUGUAUCAAAACAAACAUGCAAACAGUUGCACAUCUUAAAAAUAGGGUCCAAAACUUUGUCUUAAAAAAUGGCGUCAGGUUUAUACAGAAUAUUAAUUCUUAGUUAAAAAAAAGUUGUUACAUGGCUAUUUUCUUUCCUCAACAGUGUAACAGUUAUGUAAUUAUUAUGCAGAAAAUCAUCAUAAUCUUUACCGGUUCUUUUUUGAAAGGUUAAAAAUCAUUUUGAAAAAAAGUAUAUUAUUGCUUGAUGCGGUUGUAUUAAUUAAGGGAAGUUGUAUUUCAAUUUGUUUUCUGAUGUCUACUGGGCAAAAUAAAAAAAAAAGAAAAUAGUUCAGAAUCUCAUGUAAUGCAUAAUAAAGUACAGGAGAGCUGAAAUACGUUCUGGAAAUUCAAAUGAACAUUGCUUUAAGGAAGAAUUGUCCAUCUGAAGUUAGAAAAUAGAAAUGUUUCAAUAAACCUGUUGAUGCCAUCCUUGAAAACGUCUUAAACUCCAGCAUCCUCUUAAAGUGAGCAUCCAAGACAAACUUCAUCUCAACAUCAAUGGAACUGUUCUGCAAAGAUUACUCCAGGAAAGCUAAAACAACAUACUUGUUAAAAGAA